CUAUAACAGCACAAGCUAGCCUUCCUUCAAGCCUGCUUCUCUUCAAUUCCUAGGACCCCGCUCAUACCAUUUUGGGGAGCUUCUACCCAGAAUUGCAUCCACACAUACACUGCUGAUCAUGGCUAAUUCUCUGAGCAGUUCAGCUAGUGCUACCAUUCUUCCUUUUAUUUCUCAAGAAGAGCUGCACCAAUUCCAUACAAUAGACAGAAAGCUGUACACCCUUUUGGUCACAAUCCUCUCCCGGAACCCCUUCGAGUCCCUACAGAUCAUGGCCCUGUGGCUCUGGCUGGAGAGAGCAGACCUCAACAAUGUGAUAGUGAAGAAAAUGUUGUCCUUGCCACACACACUAGUAAAUGGACUUGCAGAUGAGGCCGUAACUUUCCUCAUUUCAAUCGCCAGCUCUGAUUCCAUGAUGACCUCACCAAUCGAAAUCCACGAUAUGCCGUUGACCCAAAGCCUCAUGAAGAGGGAGAUGCCCCCCAAAUUCUUCCACGAGCACCGGGAGCAGGUCGCCCAGGGGAUUGCAAAGAUCUUUAAUGAAGUUUGUCUUAGAGUGCUUGCAGACAUAAUGCAGCAGGUUAUGCAGAGAGACAAAACAUCUUUCAUAAACAACAUGAAACAGCCGAUGGAUGUGGCAUCUCCUUUGCCUGCAGCAGCUAGCUUUCAGUACCAAUCCUUAGGGUUGCAGUUUCAGCCUGGUUUUUCGACUCAAGUUGGUUUCGGAAGAGGGAUGGGUUUGGAUCAAAGUGGGAUUUCAUCAGAUGACAGGACCAUGUUUGUGACAUUUUCUAAGGGUUACCCUGUGUUUGAAUGGGAGAUUAGGGAGUUCUUCACCAGGACUUAUGGGAACUGCAUAGAGUCUCUACACAUGCAAGAAGUGAUGCCAAAUGAACAAGCCUUGUUUGCUCGCAUUGUGUUCAGCUCUGCUCCCACCCUUGAUGUGAUUCUCCAUGGCAUGAGCAAGGUGAAGUUCACUAUUAACGGGAAGCAUGUUUGGGCACGGAAAUUUGUACCCAAACAUUCCAAUCUGGUCUCUUCUUCUUCCUCUACUCGAUCCUAA